AUGGCGGAUAGUCAUGUGAAAAAAACUCUCGGUGCUUACGUGCAUCCCAUCCGCUUCAAGUUUGCAACCAAAGAAGUGGUACAGAAACUGAAUGUUUUGCUGUUUGGUGUUGAGGGCCAGUUGAAUAGAUAUCGUGCAAAUGUGAUCAAUUUUGCUGGCUUCCGUACGAAGAACGAACUGGAAGAUUUCCAUCGAAGACUGGACCUUCUGUCCGAAGAAGAAGUGCCAAACAUCGCGGAAGUGCUAAACGGAGAUGCAGCCCAAGUUUCGAAACAAGAUUUGUAUCAACUCAUAGCGAAACUGGGGCCCUCUCUGAAAAUGGAAAUGGAUGAUGCAGCCCGUGGAAACCAGUCGACUUCAGAGCUGGGAGCUAAGCGUGCUUCCAGUGCGUCGAAAUCGGUCUCAAUGCAUAGUAUCCAGUCCACAUCGAGUACGGCCGUCGAAGAAGCAGAAAAGGAAUUGGAGUUGACGAAAAAAAUUCUGGAGCUGGAGAGAUCGAAAAUGGAAGUUGAACAUAACCUCAAACUAAAAGAAAUCGAAAACAAAAUACUACAAGCGAAGCUGGUAGAACAGGACCAUCAGUCCGAAGCAGAGUCCCUAUGUAGUCUGGAAAGUUCGACGAAAAGGCAGUUUCAGAAGGUUAACGAAUGGAUGGACAAAAACAUACAGUGCGGCCAAGAAGAUACACCUGUUCAAUUAUCAGUUCAUAAAAAGAUCCCAUUGCUUCAACGACACGUACAACCUUCCGUUUAUGAAACUCCUCCGUCAAGCCGCCUGGAGAAACUGCUGGCUAGGCAGAUACUGGGGUUUGAAUUGCCACGGUUUGCAGGAAAUCCAGAGGAAUGGCCAAGUUUCAUAACGGUGUUCCGGCGUUCUACCGAGGAUGGGGAAUUCAGUGAUGCCGAAAACAUGAUGAGGCUGCGCAAGUGUCUGGAAGGUCCAGCCAAGGAAAGCGUGGAAAUGUUACUACUAACCAACGAUGUUCGUCGAACCUUGGACGUCCUGGAAAGAAACUAUGGAGACAGCAAAGUGAUUCUGCAGAAGGUUAUGGACAAAGUGGCAAAUUUCAAAUUCGUACACGAUCCGAAGAGCUUCCUUGAAUUCAGCAACUUGGUGGAAAACGUAACCGUUAUCAUGGGCUCCUUUGAUGCCAAAGUCCACGACGUUGAAGCUGUGCUGGAAAAGCUGCUACAAAAGCUGCCGGAUUACUUGCGUAUACAGUGGGGUUCGUUCCAACAGGAUCAUCAUAUACAACUUGACAACUUGGAUGGCUUUUCUGUAUGGGUGCGCAGACAAAUCGCUGUCGUGAAAAAUGCUCAUAUUGGACAGCGGUACCCACCACAGGAUUAUGUCAAAACAAUCACCAGUCACAACGUAAAAGUUUGUCUCGUUUGCAGAACCGCUGAGCAUCAAAUUGAAAAGUGCCCUGUCUUCACGAAAAUGGACCUUAAUCGACGAUGGGAUGCAGCAAGGAAGUUCAGCUUGUGCUUUCUGUGCCUGACGAAGCACAACACGAAAUGCACCAGCAGUGCGGUGUGCGGAUUGAAUGAAUGCAACAGACGUCAUCAUAAAAUGUUGCAUCGCAUGGAACCGUCCAACCCUUUGGGAGCAGUCGUUGAGGAUCAAACGCGAUCGGCUAUUCUGAAAUACGUCCCCGUUCGAGUGAGCGGCCCCAAAGGUACGUUGUCAACCACUGCGUUCAUAGACGACGGCAGUAGCUUGACUCUGAUUGAAGCCGAUGUGGCAGCCGCCAUAGGAGUGACCGGUUGCAAGAGCCCUGUAUCCUUUACUUGGACCGGUAAUAUACGCAGAGAAGAAGAGGAUUCUGAAAUCGUUCAACUAAAUAUCAGUGCUGACAUUCCGGGUUGGCCUGAAUAUGAGCUGGAUUGCGUGCACACAUUGGACGGUCUCAACAUCCCAUACCAACAGUGGGACACCGAAAAACUUCUGCAGAAGUAUCCGUAUUUGUCAUCAAUCGACCCACGAUCGAUCAGCGGAAGCCAACCGACUAUUUUGAUUGGCCAGAACAACGGUAAACUCAUCGUACCUAGAGAGCACUACGCGCCAGACGGGCAGUCGCCGAUAAUCAGUAAAACUCGUUUGGGGUGGGUGGUACACGGGCCAGUUGUUGGUUUGGGAUUCAGGCUUUGUGGAUCCGAAGAAGAUGUAGUAAAUGUAUGUGUGGAUGAUCAAUUGGCCGAACUGAAUGAACUUGUGAGAAGUAGUAUGUCACUGGACAAUUUCGGCGUGUGUGUCAGUAAUGCGAACAAUCAAAGAAGUGUUGAUGAUGUACGUGCUUUGGAUAUCGCUAAGAGCACGGUUAAUAAAGUGGGUGAACGUUAUGAGAUUGGGUUGCCAUAUAUUUCUGAUGACAUCGUAAUGGAGCGUAGUCUGCACACUGCGAUGCGUAAUCUUGAUUGCGUCGAAAAGCGGUUGCAACGACAGGGGCUAACGGAACAGUACAGGAACAUCGUUGAAUCCUACCACGAAAAGGGUUAUGUCGUCAAGGUACCGUGGCGCCAGGUGGAUUGGAGUAACGGUAAGCUCUGGUUCUUGCCUCAUUUUCCGGUCCUCAAUGUCCACAAGCCAGGAAAAAUACGCAUGGUGUUCAAUUCAGCAGCUAAAAGCAACGGAAAGUGUUUGAAUGAUUACUUGCUUUCUGGACCACCAAGUGGGGUAACGAUUUUUGGCAUUCUUGGUCGUUUUCGAAGAUACCCAGUGGCAGUUGGUGCUGAUGUGACCGAAAUGUUUCACCAAGUGAUGGUGAGAGAGGAAGAUACUUGGUCCCAGUGCUUCCUAUAUCGUGAAAGCCCUUCGGAUCGCCCACAAGUUUACCGAAUGAACGUCAUGAUUUUCGGAGCAAACUGUUCGCCAUUCCUGGCACAAUUCGUUAAGAAUCACAAUGCCGAGCAGCAUAAGCACGAACAUCCAGAAGCAGCAUCUGAUGUCAUCGAACAACAUUACGUCGAUGAUUAUUAUCAAUCAUUCGAAAAUGUUGAACAAGCAAGCCAGGUAUGUAACGAGGUCAUCCGUAUUCAGCAAGCAGGAGGUUUCCAUCUUCGGGGAUUCAUCAGCAACUCCGAGGAGCUGCUGUCAACACUCCCGAAUGAUCGAGUGGGGGCGGUUACAACGGUGAACGUUGAUGGAGCACCAGUUCAUCGUGUACUUGGAAUUCGAUGGAAUGCUGCAACUGACGAAUUUGAAUUUGUUCCCGAGUUUCAGCAUAUCUCCGAAUCAAUAAUGGCCAGGACGCAAAGACCAACAAAAAGGGACAUACUGAAGGUGGCCAUGUCUCUUUAUGACCCGUUGGGGUUUGUGAAUCCGAUCAGCAUCAAAAUUCGUAUCUUGAUACGCCAUAUCUGGGCAGCCAAGGUUUCUUGGGACGAAGAGUUAAGAACCGAUUUCAUUGCUAAGUGGCAUGAAUGGCUUAGUGACCUGGAAAAAUCUCGCGUCAAGUGGAAGGUAGCGAAGGAAAACAUGAAGGUUGGGGAUGUGGUGAAAAUGGCCGAUCCGAAAGUUCCUCGAGGAGAUUGGCCUUUGGGACGAGUUGUGAAAGUGUAUACCGGGGACGAUGGUCUUGUGCGCUAUGCAGAUGUGCGGACCCAGAAUACUACACUGCGUCGACCUGUAACGAAGUUGGCAGUUAUUGAAGGUUUAGAUUGA